UUGUUAUUUUUCUUAAAAUCUCUCUCUCUCUCUCUCCUCAAUCUUAGCUCAUUUGUCCCUUCUCUUUCAUUUUCUCCAUUGCCAAGAAUUCUUGACCCUUCUUUGAUUCAUCUGUCAAACAGAAACAAGGCCAAAAAAGAAAAAGAGAACCCAAAUACACAUUUUUAGUUUGUACAUCUGGGUUUGCAGAAAGAUUUAAUUUUUCUUAAUCAAUGGGGUGAUUUUGCUCAUAAAGAAAGGAUUUUUAUUCCUUUUUUGAGUAUUUUUAGAUGAUGGGUGUUUGUAUUUAUCUAAGGAUGUAGCUGGAAAAUAAUUUUCUUGAAUCUUGAUCAAUAUUUUUUAGGCCUUUCAUUGUAAAGAUAGGAUUUUUAUUCCUUUUUUUCUUGUUUUUAAAUUCAAAGUUGUGAACUUUAACAAUGGAUUCUUGAUUUGAUGGGGUUUUUGAUUCUUGGAUUUUCUUGGUUUUUUGGGGGAUUAAUCUAAGUGGGGUGAAAAUCUGAGUAAAAUUUUUUAUUUUGGCUUUGAAAAUUGUUGUUGGUGAAAAUUUUGAAGUGGGGUUGUUGAAUCUUGAAUCAACAUGGAUCAUGUUGUGGGUGGGAAGUUUAAGCUUGGGAGGAAGAUUGGGAGUGGCUCUUUUGGUGAGCUUUAUUUAGGUGUGAAUAUACAGAAUGGAGAAGAAGUUGCCAUUAAGCUGGAAUCUGUCAAGACGAAGCACCCUCAACUUCAUUACGAGUCAAAAAUAUAUAUGCUUCUCCAAGGAGGAACCGGGAUUCCCAACCUCAAAUGGUUUGGAGUUGAGGGCGAGUACAAUGUAAUGGUUAUUGACCUUCUUGGACCGAGUUUGGAAGACCUCUUCAACUAUUGCAAUAGGAAGUUCUCUUUGAAAACAGUUUUAAUGCUUGCGGAUCAACUAAUCAAUAGAGUUGAGUAUAUGCACUCAAGAGGAUUUCUUCACCGUGACAUAAAGCCAGACAACUUUUUAAUGGGCCUAGGUCGCAAAGCAAAUCAGGUUUACGCGAUCGACUUUGGGCUUGCCAAAAAGUAUAGGGACCUACAGACUCACAAGCAUAUACCAUACAGAGAAAACAAGAAUCUGACCGGCACAGCUCGUUAUGCCAGUGUCAACACGCACCUUGGAGUUGAGCAAAGCAGAAGAGAUGAUUUAGAAUCUCUGGGCUACGUGGUUAUGUAUUUUCUUAGAGGAAGCCUUCCAUGGCAAGGACUGAAAGCUGGUACCAAGAAGCAGAAAUACGACAAAAUCAGUGAGAAGAAGAUGUUAACUCCAAUAGAGGUGUUAUGCAAAUCCUAUCCAUCAGAAUUUAUAUCAUACUUCCACUAUUGCCGAUCAUUACGAUUUGAAGAUAAACCUGACUAUUCAUAUUUGAAGAGGCUUUUCAGAGACUUGUUUAUCCGUGAAGGUUAUCAAUUUGACUAUGUUUUUGAUUGGACCAUUUUGAAGUAUCCUCAGAUCGGUGCCAGUUCUAGAGGACGAGCUCCUGGUGGAACUGCCGGACUAAACGCUGGGCCAUCUGCUGAAAGACUAGGAAGGACAGUUGGACAAGAUAUUCGAGACAGGUUUUCUGGUGCUGUUGAAGCAUUUUCGAGAAGGAAUGCUUCGGGUACGGGAAGGCAUGGGGAACAUUCCAGACACAAGACUUCAGAGGAUAUGACUUCAUCUAAGGAUGUGCAACCUGAUUCAGAAAGAGGUCGUACCUCGAGAAAUGGAAGCUCUUCAAAAAGGGCUGCCAUUUCUAGCAGCAGACCGAGCUCUUCUGGUGAUCCCACCAUCACUGAUAGUCGCUCGAGCAGACUAGUGUCAAGCAAUGGCCGCGUGUCUACCACACAGAGAAUUCAUCCUGGCAUCGAACCAAAACCAUCACCAUUCUCACGUAAGGGGACACGUGAUGACCCUCUUCGGAGCUUUGAGUUCCUUUCGAUCAGAAAGUAAAUGGCAUGCACUUGUAAAGAGAGAAUUUCCUGUUUAUUUGGAACAUUGCUAUCCUAUUUACGGAUGUCUUUUUAAGUGUUGUAUAUUGAAAAUGUUCUAUGUGACAACUAAAGCUUAUCAAACUUUUCAUUAUCCCUUUGUUUUGGUUUUGAUUUAGAGCUUCUGGCCAUUGUAAAAGCCUUUAGUCUCAUCUAAAGAAAUGAUGAGUAAAAAGUGCUAGAGUUUUAUACAUGUACACUCGGAUAGAUGUAAUAAAUAUUAUUAUUGUACCAUGAAUGUAUCUUUUCAACUCA